AGGUGCGGCCCAGGUGAGCGGGCGGGGAGGUGUGCGGCAGUGGCCAUAUUUGGCGAUGUGGACCCUUGCUCCGCCCGGCGCCUGGAGGCCCGCGAUUGCCCUGAGUCACGGGGGCGGACGUAACGGACGGGGCGCCCGGCUGUGCUCCUCGCCUUAUUUAGUCAAGCAGGUUGCCCAUUGGCCCGCGGGACAAAGGGGCGGCGGCCCUGGCCCACCAGGCCGGUUCGCGCUGGAGACCCUCGCUUGUGCCCCUGGACUCUGAACCGCGGUGUUCCCGGGGGACUGUGGCCGCAUGACCGGGGGAGGGGCGGCCGGGCCUGCGCCGGGUAGGGGAGGGAGGCGCAGUGUGCGCUGUGAUUUUUCUGUGUUGUAACUGGGUAGUGUGAGGCCUCGCCCAAGGUCACAUCGGGGCCGUUCUGGUCUGUGCUGUGCAAGUUGGUGACACAGGGCUGACCGACCCCUCUUGGAACUGGAGCCAGAGAAAGCCUGGCAUCCCUGGGGACCCAGUGGCCGUGGCUACCCUGGCUUUGGUGGUGGAUCCUGCAGGCCAGGAGCAGGAUUUGCAUGCUGCCAGAAGUGGGCGUGUCCUAUUGUAAGGAUGGAGCCGCAGCUCCGAGAAAUGAUCGGAAUUUUUUUCUGUGCUGGCUUCGCCCACUUUCUAUUGUGACCUGCUGCAUCUCCUCCUUUCGUGUUCCGGCCAUUUAAUGGGCAACCAUGGAUGUUCCUUGGACUCCCGGUUACCUCUGCACCUGGUAGCAAAGUCCUCCAGGACAUACUCCACCUGUCUGAGCACCUCCAUACUUCCUCCAACUGGCUGACUUCUUGUCAGGCAGAUGGAACAGGAAACUUGGUCUUGAGACUCCACCCCAGGUCUCUGCUGUUCAGCCAUCAAAGAUGCAAACAUAAUCCUGGAACCGAAAAGAGACGGUGGAUAAUAGAGUCAACGUCUCAGCCAAUCAGGAUGAAGAACUGGACCAUGAGACCUUUCUGAUGCAAAUUGACCAAGAGACAAAGAAGUGUACUUUCUAUUCCAGCACUGGGGGCUACUGGACCCUGGUCACUCAUGGGGGCAUUCAGGCCACAGCCACACAAGUUUCUGCCAACACCAUGUUUGAAAUGGAAUGGCAUGGACGGCGGGUGGCACUUAAAGCCGGCAAUGGACGCUACAUAUGUAUGAAGAAAAAUGGGCAGCUGGCAGCCAUCAGUGAUUUUGUGGGCGAGGACGAGGAGUUCAUCCUCAAGCUCAUCAACCGACCCAUCCUGGUGCUGCGCGGCCUGGACGGCUUCGUCUGCCAGCGCCGAGGCUCCAACCAGCUGGACACCAACCGCUCCACCUACGACGUCUUCCACCUGGGCUUCCGCGACGGCGCCUACCAGAUCCGAGGCCGCGGAGGGUUCUGGUACACCGGCAGCCACGGCAGCGUGUGCGGCGACGGCGAGCGGGCCGAGGACUUCCUCUUCGAGUUCCGGGAGCGAGGUCGCCUGGCCAUCCGCGCGCUCAGCGGCAAGUACCUGCGCGGCGGCGCGGCGGGGCUGCUGCGCGCAGACGCGGACCUGCCUGUGGGGGAUGCGCUCUGGGAGUACUGAGGCCCCGGUGGAAGGCAGCUGGACCC